AACAAGCGCCGUUGGGCGAAUCACACUCCAGUAGUGGGUUUUUCUCAAGCGCCAUGGAUCAGGAGACGCAUUCCGAAGUUACUUCGCAACGCAGGAGGGGUUCUCCUGCCGCAGAUCCGUUGCGACAAUCAUCGAGAGCUACUCAGGCUCAGAGCAACGAUGCGUUCGCCAUCCCCUUGAUUUUCAUCAGCAUCUUUUUUCUCAUGAUCCUGAUAGUAUUUUCAUCGGCAGUGGAUACAGCAAGCAGCACUUUUUCCAUUUUACAUCAAGUUCCUGAAGGCCAUGUUGGUGUGUAUUGGAGGGGUGGUGCCCUUCUUGAAGGAAUUACCAAUCCAGGUUUUCAUUUGAAGAUGCCGUUGAUAACCCAAUUUGAGCCUAUUCAAGUGACCCUUCAAACGGAUCAGGUGAAGGAUAUCCCAUGCGGUACAAAAGGUGGUGUUAUGAUUAGCUUUGAUAAGAUAGAGGUUGUUAAUCGUCUUCGUAAAGAGUAUGUGUAUGAGACACUGCUCAAUUAUGGUGUUACGUAUGACAAGACAUGGAUAUAUGAUAAGAUUCAUCAUGAAAUCAAUCAGUUUUGCAGUGCUCAUUCCUUGCAACAAGUUUAUAUUGACAUGUUUGAUCAGGCAAAUGAGAAAAUGAAAGAAGCCCUACAAGUUGACUGUACACGUUAUGCUCCAGGUGUUGAAAUUUUAAGUGUGCGUGUCACAAAACCAGCCAUACCAGAUAGCAUAAGACACAAUUUUGAGCAAAUGGAGGAAGAACGUACCAAGGUCUUGAUCGCCAUUGAGAAGCAAAAGGUAGCAGAAAAGGAGGCAGAGACGCAGAAGAAGAUGGCUUUAACAGAAGCCGAGAAGAAUGCUCAGGUAAGCAAGAUCCUCAUGGAGCAGAAGUUGAUGGAGAAGAACAGUGCUAAGACGCAGGAAGAAAUUGAGAACGAAAUGUACAUGGCACGCGAGAGAAGCCUGGCGGAUGCCAAUUUUUACAGGGUGAUGAGGGAAGCUGAAGCUAACAAACUGAAACUCACGCCUGAGUUUCUCGAGCUGAAAUUCAUUGAAGCCAUUGCAAACAAUUCGAAGAUCUUUUUCGGAGACAAGGUACCCAACAUGAUAUUGGAUCAGCGGUUGCUGGGGAAUUUUCUGAAUGAUGUUGCGAGAAACGGACACUUACAAGCAGCUGUAUAGUAUAAUUCCACUUGUUUUAACUUAAAUUUUGAUACUAAUGCUUGAUCAUACAAGCAGCUAUAUGAUUCCACUUGUUUGAGCACAAAGUUUCUUCAGCUUGUAAAUAUAAUGAAAGCAAAGGUGGAAAAAGAAGAAGAAAAAAAGAGAAGCAGCUCAUCUCUUUACUUUUCUUCCCUUUUUUA